AAUAAUUAUAAUAUGUAAUAAUAUAAUUUAAUUGUAUGUAUAUAAAUACGUUUUAAAAUACAUACUUUAUUGAACAAUGUGUACCUUACUACGAGAUGCCAUAUCAAAAUUGAACGAGUGUAUAUACUAGGAUAAGACUGAAAUAAAACUGAAAUUAUAUUGCUGAAGAAAAAUAGGAAACUUUCUCUCUCUUAUAUAUAAAGAAAAAACAGAGGGGAAAAAGAUCGUUUAUAGGAAUAUUUUCCAGAGAAAAAUUCACAUUUGUCAAAUUGCCAUAAUGGGCCAUAAUUUAUUCAUGGCGUAUUUUCAAGAAUAGUUUUUUUAUAAUAGUAGUACGUAUCUUACCGCUGCAUUUCGUAUCAAAUUAUGAGAUGUUUGAAUUAAAGAAUUUAUGUUAUAAAGAAGAAGUGCGAUCGAUGAGUUUCUAGGUAUGACAAGAGGGGGAUGACUAAACUGACGAUAGUUUCUCUGCAGUCAGAUGUAUCUAAUGCUCGCAGAGAUGAUAUUUUCUGUGAUUCAAUAUUUCAAUCUUAAUCGGAUUCUUCUGCUCAUGAUUGGAUUGUGGCCUCAAAAACAAACUAAACUCGUACGAUUACAAAUAAUUUUAUGCUAUUUUAUCCUGACAAGUUUUAUUGUAGUUCAGAUGUGAUAUUGCAAGUAAUUUUUUUUUAUUUCGCCUCAACAAAAUUGUCUCUCAUAGUUUAUGACAUUUGCGACUUCAAAGAUCAGUCUGCAGUUGAUCAUCGAUGUUUUUCCUGCCGCUUUCUUUUUCCUUUCCUACAUGAUAAAAUACAGCUCAUUUUAUUUUAACCGCGAUGUAGUAAAGUAUUUACUAGAUAUAGUUCAACACACAUAUAACGAGUUAAAAGAUGAGAGUGAAAUUGCCAUUAUAAAAAAGCAUUGGAAUAUUGCAAGACGUUAUACUAAAGUACUAACAAUAUUCAGCAUAUUCGGUGUAUUUGGACUUAUCUCCGUUCCAAUCUUGCCGCACAUUAUUGAUGUUUCAUGGCCUGCAAACAAAUCUCGACGAUGUUCAUCGUCACAAAUCUUGACAGAGUAUUUUAUCGAUCAAGAAAAAUAUUUCUAUUUGAUUUUAGUGCACAUGUAUGCAGCCCUUUAUGUAGGAGCGGCUGCAAUGGUAUCAACAGGAGCAAUGUCUGUAGUAUACUUUCAACAUGUUUGCGGAAUGUUCAAGGUUGCCAGUUAUCGUAUAAAACAGUCUAUGACGAAUAAUGUUUUGCAAUCAGAUUGUUUGCAAAAAGAGAAUUUGAUUUGUAAGGGAAUUAUUUGUGCCGUGGACAUGCAUCGUAAGGCUCUAAAAAUCCUAGAACUUUUUCUAUCUAAAUUUAACAUAUUCUACUUCUUUCUCAUACCUUCCGCACAGAUUUCCUUAAGCUUCAGCCUUUUUCAGGUUUUUAAUGGAGUUCUUUCUGGAUAUAAUAUUGUAAGAUUGAUAUCACCUUGCAUAUAUGCAACUGUUCAUUAUGCAAAUGUAUGCGUCGCAAACAGCUUCGCACAAAAAAUUACAGAUUACAACAGUCACAUAUUUGUUACUGUGUAUAACGUUAAAUGGUAUGUAGCUCCCUUACGUACACAGAAGUUAAUAUUAUUUUUGCUGCAAAAGGGCACGAAAGUUUUCAAUUUGGUUGUCGGUGGAUUGUUUACGGCAUCUUUGGAAGGUCUUGCUGUGCUAACGAACGCGACGUUAUCUUACUUCAUCGUUAUAUACUCUGCUGGGUAAUAAUGCAUAAUUUAUUUUAUGCAAAAAUACGGAAAAGGAUUAAGAGAAGAGAACUGCAAUAUAUUAUGUAUUUUCAUGUGGAUAAAAUGUGACUUUAAUACAACUGUGACAACCAAUGUGACUUUAACUCAAAUUAAACUGCAAAUGUUAAUGACCAAUAA